GCCCAUGCCACCAUAGAAAUGUACAACAACAUUGGGAGAACUCGGUCGGCCAAACUGGUGGGGAAGGACCUUGCCGACUUCUAUAUGAGGAAGUCCUUACCACAGAAAGCUGAGCCCUAUUUGCAAGGGGCACUUCGCAUGUACCAGUCAGAGGGUUGGGCGCUGCCCCUCACUCACACCAGGAAACAGCUGGUGGAAUGUCAGAAGCUUCUGGGGCAGACCGAGCCAUACCUUCAGACGUGCAGUCGGCUGGCUGCUGAUGGGAAUCUGUCUCAGGAUGAGCGUGUGAAAUACUGUCAUGAGAUCCUCUCUUUCUCUGCACAAGAUAUCAGCACUGGAGGGAAUCACAUUUGUCUCCCUUUCGGCUCAGUCGCUCAGUUGACCUCCCUACAGUUUGAGCCCCCCAAUGCAGUCGUUCAUGUUGGCGGAGCCCUGUGCAUGGAACUGACUCUUCUCAGCCUGAUGCCGGAGCCUUUUCACCUCGACCAUCUCUCAGGACAUUUCCAUUAUAGCCUGGACAAGAACAGUUAUCGAAAGACUGCAGAGUGGCUGACCCGACACAAACCAGCAGGCGGUACGGUCUAUUUCCAGCCUGAGGCACCUUUGGGUGUAAGAGGACCUCCACCUGCUCUAGAGCUGUCAGAGAUGUAUGAGAAAAGCCCCUCAGAAGGGGGACUGGUGAGCACAGGAGUGAUCUGUAAAAACGUCCACAUGUUACUGCGAGCUCAGGACUCUGCCACAUCAUCUCCUCUGGACCGACACUCCGGGGUCAACCUGGACGAUGGCGCCCACACGCUGAGGUGCAGCAACGUCACGCUGCAGCCAGGGCUUAAUCGCCUGACCUUCCACACGCAGGCUCAGGAUCCCGGCACUUACACCUUGCGCCAGCUUGCUGCAUCUUUCAGAGAUGUUCAACUACUGCUGCCCCAUGUGUACCCAAUUGUGCAAUACGAUGUUUACUCUCAGGAGCCGCAGCUGAAGGUGGAGCCGCUGUCUGAAUGCCUCCUGGCUGGGGUUCCACAGAAGUUAAAGUUUACAGUGACAACUGGACAUUAUCUCGUGAAACCGGGCGACACCCUACAGCUGAAUAAUGCUGACACUAUGCCCAUUAUUGCUGGGCCGGACGCUGCGGCAUCCAUCUACCGGAACAGCCGUGGUGAAGCUUCUGUCGGUGCUCUGAGCAUCCAUCGCUCGGAUAAAGUGACCAGCAUCUCUCUGCCCCCGGUCCCUGCGUACCAUCUCAUGGAGUUUGAGUUGGACGUCCUGUCUCUGUUACCGGAAGGAGGCCAGUUAGUGAAUGGGGAGGUUCCUUGGAGGGUAAAGGAGACGCAGGACUCCCACAGCGGUAGCAUCAUGGAGCAGAGGGUGGGUGGCCAGUGUCACAGGAGACCAUGCUGCCCGUGUAUAGACCUCCGGUCAUUGCUGACUUCUGUUUUCUGUCUGCAGGUCUCCGUGGAAUGUCCGUGGUCCAUUUAUUCCACCAUCAUCAGUCUGAGUUUCCACCUACCUCUGAGAGCUCAGCACACAUUGCUGUCCUCCGGUACAAGGAAAUACAUCCAGGUCUGUGUGGAGAACACCUGCGACUUUACUUUCCAGCUGUCUGGCAGCGGCCUCACGUCCUCCCAAGAGCUGCAGUUCCGCCCCUUGCACUCCGCAGAUAGCCAGGAUAUCCAGAGCCGGCAGUGUCUGUUCUACGUCUGGGAGGUGACGUGGCGACAAGGCCUCCCUGCAUCGCUUCCCUGCAACUUCUCCGUCCACUUCUACCCGUUACCUCUACCGCAGACCUGUAGCCACAUGCAGCCCUUCACCUACUGCUUUCACCUGGAACACUUCUAUACACUGUACACGGUGCAUGCCGACAUCUCACCGCCGGCAGAAACGGAGUACUGUAAGAUGGGGUCUCUCUGCUCGCUGGAAGUCUGUAUCACCCGACUGUGUGACUCUGCGGAGGCGGACAAGGAGGAGACCCUGACGGACUGUGAGGGGUACAGCAGCACCCAGCUCUUCUACCAGGUUGUUGAUGGCGGCAGUAACUGGGCAGUGUGUGGACGGAGCUCUGGGGUGGUCAUUAUGCCGGUGAGACGUGGAGCGUGCCACACUGUCUGCAUGGAGGUGAUGCCCCUGUUUGCUGGAUAUUUACCCUAUCCCGAUGUGCAGCUCUUCCGAUAUCUGCCGCAUCACUCGCUCUCACAACAAAUGGAUGCCGACAGCUGGAUGGAGAAUGACUCUGUAUCAGUGGAGGACCCUUGUGAGGUUCCCAGUGGGCGGACAGAAAGCAGCUCUCUUUCUCCAGGGCCCACCAGCUCCUCAGCAGAGCAGAAAGGACUUCCAAUGCCCCGACUUCAACCGUUCCAUGCUGGGCAGGUCUGCAAUAGCAGUGCGGGACGCCAAAUCCUAGUUAUUCCCAGUAUGGACGACCAUGUGCUGGAGGUCAAUGUCACAUGACACAGCGCCCCGCAGCGGGCGGAGCCAAAUCUGUAUUAUGUAUGUACAGCUGGGUGUGGGGCCUGGACUGGAAGCUGUAUGCUCAGUAUCACUUUACAAGACACCUGGAUGAAAUGGAAGCUCUGGACUAUUACAGCAAAGCUCUGCUGGACUGUGUGACUAUCUGCGGCGCUCAAUCUGACCUACGCCAUGGCAGUGGUGUGCUAUUCAUAACGCUGUGCAUGUAAUUUCGCGCUGUUACUUCUCUCGCCAUCAUCACCCGGUAACUGGGGCGUUACAUGUUGGGGUAUAUGGUGAGAGACAGAGGGGCCUUUAUCUCUGUGUCAUGGGUGGUAGAUGCGAGACCUCCCAGUAAUGAGUAACCUCAGAUCCUGAUCUCAUCUCUACCAGCUUAUACUCUGAUAAUGUUCAGCUCAUGCACCGACCUCGGGCUCUCAUAUUGUCUCAUUUUAUACCGGAGAUUGGCCAAUGUAAUGUCUCUGCUAGGCCCUCAUUAUCUCACGUUCAUACCAUGCAUUGGCCAUGAUCGACUUCAUGCCGUGACCUUAUCUCAUAUUAUAUGAGGUUAUAUAAUGUAUUGUCUAACAUCAGGUGGAUGGUGAGACCUCAUUAUCUCAUGUUGUGACCUCACAUCAUGUUAUACGAGGUUAUGUAAAGUAUUGUCUGUCAUCAGGUGGAUGGUGAGAUCUCAUCUCAUGUUAUAAGAGGUUAUAUAAUGUAUUGUCUGAUAUUAGGUAGAUGGUGAGACCUCAUUAUCUCAUGUUGUGACCUCACAUCAUGUUAUAUGAAGUUAUAUAAUGUAUUGUCUGACAUCAAGUGGAUGGUGAGACCUCAUUAGCUCAUGUUAUGACCUCAUCUGAUGUUAUACAAGGUUAUCUAAUGUAUUGUCUGACAUCAAGUGGAUGGUGAGACCUCCUUAUCUCACGUUGUGACCUCACAUCAUGUUAUACAAGGUUAUAUAAUGUAUUGUCUGACAGGUGGAUGCUGAGACCUCAUUAUCUCACGUUAUAACCUCAUCUGAUGUUACACGAGGUUAUAUAAUGUAUUGUCUGACAUCAGGUGGAUGGUGAGACCUCAUCUGAUGUUAUAAGAGGUUAUAUAAUGUAUUGUCUGACAUCAGGUGGCUGGUGAGACCUCAUGUUAUAAGAGGUUAUAUAAUGUAUUGUCUGACAUCAGGUGGAUGGUGAGACCUCA